GAGCGCUUCCGACUGACUGAUUUUUUCGUUAUGCGUGUUCGACCAACUCGACGACGAGUUUCCUUUCGGAUAGCGUGCUGUUGCAGGUACUACUUGUCGUUGCAGCUCUCCAAAACUGCUCUGUUUGAGCGGCGCGGCGCGGGUACUUACGCCUAGAACUGUUUUCACUGGGACCAAGCCAGAGUUUGGCCCGUGCUAGCAGGGUUAGCAGCGGACCCUUUCCGUUUUUGUCAUUGCAGGUCACAUUACUUUCAGCCUUUCACACCUGGAGUCCGAAGUGCGGCUGCGGGAGAGUGAAGGUGUGCCACCACUACAGUUGGAGGCGGCAACAUGAGUGAUGAUAUUGGCGAUGCCACGAAGCCUCAAGAGGGUGCAACAGGUGGCAGAGACAUCUCAAGCAGUGGGUACGUGCCCGCCAAGGAGGGUGCUCGCUUCCACACCUCCAGUGAGAGCAGCAAUGGCGAAGAGUCGGGCGAGUCUGCCAUGGAAGGUCUGACGCUCUCAAAUGGGGAGGUGAAACAGCCUUCGCCCAUCAAGAAGAAGGCUCGUGAUUCAUCUGUGCCUGGCCCAUUGGUCCUAGAAGGAAGCUUUGGUGUUGUGCCUGAGUCCCCACCGAAAUUUGUCUCGUUGGACCAAAUCAUGAAGACUGCCGAUGAGAUGACAAACAUGGCCCUGGCUCAUGAAAUAGCUAUGGAAGACUCUUUUGAGCUGAAGAAGACAGAGCAUCCACAAAACAGCCUGGAGCAGCUGGUGAAGGAAACACUGCAUAAAGCUUUCUGGGACAUCCUCGAGAAACAGCUGAGUGAGGAUCCGCCAAAUUAUGACCAAGCCAUGCGUCUGCUGGAAGAUACAAAGGAGGGUCUGCUGGGCCUGGUGAUGCCGUACAGCGGACGACUGCGCGAGGAGAUUGAGCAGGUGCUCGACAUUGAGCUCAUCCGCCAGCAGGCAGAGCACGGCACCUUGGACUUUCUGGCUUAUGCACGGCACGUCAUCUCGCUGAUGGCUCGCAUGUGCGCCCCAAUCCGAGACGCCAGCAUCAAGGAGUUGCUCGAGAUAAAGGAGGUCGUGCCACUCUUCAGGGGCAUCUUGGAGCAGCUCGACCUGAUGAAGAUCGACAUGGCCAACUUCACCAUCCAGCAGGCUCGGCCACUCAUCCAGACACACUCGGUCGCCUACGAGCAGGACAAGUUCAAGCAGUAUCUGGAGGCGCAAGCCACCGCCGACCCUUCCGUCGACCCACUCGGCCACACCAAGCUGUGGCUGAAACGGAGCUACGACCACCUCCGCAACCUCAGUGACCAGCACAGUCCGGACCCCAUCAAUGGACCUGGCUGCAAGGGUCCCGGCUUCUCGAGUGUCCUGGCGGGCGCCUACAUGGAGCUGCUGUCCUGGCCUGAUGAUGAGCCAUACCCAGAGACCUUGCGGCUAGAUGAGGCCCGCUACAGAGGGCUGAAGGACAAGGUGCACCUGGCUGCCCUGGUGGCCAGCAUCCUGAGCAUCACCUACCGACUAGGGGGCGCCGUGCUGCAGGGCAUCUCCGACUUCAAGGACGACCUCAAGAGCCACACUCAGCUUCUCCUCGAGGGCUCUGCCAACUCCAGUGAAGAGGAGCUGAGGGAAACCCUCAAAAGUGUGGCCAGUCAGGUGAUCAAAGAAGUGCAGGAGUGCUUGCAGAAGCACGGCUUCAACCAGCUCCAAAUCAGCCAGGAGCGCGUGCUCUACGACCAGAUUGUCGUCAUGACCUCCCCUGAGCACCAUGUCCGGAAGCUUCUCUUGAUGCGUGUCCUGGACUUCAUCAAAGCGGCAAUCUCCUCCGGGUCGGUGCGGCCCACCCAGAUUCCUCCGGGGCUGUCGGCUCUCGAGAAAGAGCUGACGACCAUCACGGGUCAGUUCCUCAGGCUUGUCACCCACAACAGGGCGGUGUUUGGGGAGACGUACGGUGACAUUGUCGCGGAGCUCAGGAAGGCCUAGACAACCUGGGACUGGUUUGCCACUAUUGGGAGACGUGUGACAAGUGUGGCCGGGCGACGUGUGACGAACGUGACCGGGAGACGUGUGACGAGCGUGACUGGGAGACGUGUGACGAGUGUGAUCAAGAGUCACGUGUUUUCUUUCUUUCUCAGUGGGGGAAAGUGUUAUUCCCUCUCACUGAGUAUGUGCGCUUUUUUUUUAUUUUUUUUUUUGGCCCUCUACUAUUGCCUGUGGGACAGUGCCUGAAACAUCCGGCGAAAGGUUUGUCAAAUUGUGAAGUGCAUGCUAUCUUGCUGACACUUGUUGCGAACUGAAGGACAGUGUGAAGUAUGAUAGACAGUCGUGGGCUGGGCAGUGUUGCAAGCUGCAAGGCAGCUUAUGUGUGCACAGCGAGUCUCUGAAUCCAGUGGCCCCAAGUGGCAAUGAUCUUGCCACAUACAAUUAAAGAGGUGAGUUGGUCCUGUGUGCUUGUAAGUUUAAUCUCUUCCGCAAAUGUGUUUGUGUAAUUCCUGAUAAUGAAAUGUUUAUAAUAUAACAUAUAAUAUUUCAGGAAGGUGUUCAAUGUUUAGUAGUGAUCUUUCCGAUGUCAUUUGGAAACUAGGACCAUGACCAACUGCCUAUGCAUGCUUGUGCUCUAGCAAUGCUUUUUUUAUGGUUUCAUAUUUUCACUUGCAUUAGAGUGUUUCUAUUCUUUUUCCCCCAAAGAGUUGUUUUGUACAAAUAAAUGUAGACAAAUUAAUUGAGUGCAAAUGUCGUGUGAUCUUGCGGAUUAGUGGUGUAACUUUUACACCUUAUAGUAGUAGGGUGUUCACAUGCUGUUUGCACUCCCUUUGCAGGUGAUCAUUCGCAAAUGUUCUAUAGGUAAGAUGCCUGCUUGAGAGCAUUCUGGGUAAAUUAUAUCUGUAUUUGCGUGAAUAUAACGUGGCUAGAAAUUUAACAUAAGAGCCGAGUCUUCUUUUUUCUGUCCGUGCUAAAGAAUGAUCCAAGUCCUUAGGUUUAAAACAGCAACUGAUGCUGCAUAUACAAUGGCCGCAGCCAAGGGCUUAGCAAAAUGAAAGAAGCAUGGGCAGGUAUUUGCAUAAUUAAUGGCUGUGAGCAUAUAAACUAACUUGUGUCAGCCAUAACCUGUAAAUGCUGCAGACUGAGUUGGCUCCCUUGUCAGCCUUACUAUGGCUGCCACUGUUGUGCGCUGUGUUUCAGCCAUUCUGCCAUCUAGCCAUUAUUGCACCAUGUUGCAUCCUGGGCUGUACAAGGAAGCCAAUGACAAAAUGCGUGGUGGUUAGGGCUGUCUUGUUGCCAGAUAGCUUCUCUGUUUGGUGGUCACACCCACCAAAUGCUAAAGCGAAGGAAAUGGAUCUACAUUUGCUGUAUUGUUCAGAAUCUUGCGCAACGUGCACAUGUAAGCUUAAAGAAACGGACACCCUAAGGAAGCUGGGUUAGACUUUUGCAAAUACUGUACUAAUUUCUCUAUAUUACAAGCUGUUUAAAAUAGCUGGCACUAAAUGUAUGUGCUGCUUCACAUCCAUGCACAUCUUUACCACAAACGUCGACUUUGUUCCUUGGUUAUCAGCACUGCCUGACAAGGUUGCUAAGCAACCUGUACAACUCUCAGCACAUAGCGUUGGGCUGCUUGUUGACUUUACAGGCAUGCAGUGGCCAGAAAGAAAAAAAAUGUCUCACAAUCGUGCCCAUAAUUCACUCCUUUAAAGGCCCCUCACCAGGCUAUAUAGCAAAUUUUUGUUAUACGUUGGAAAUUGUUAGGUGCGUGCCCUCUUAGGAGUGUUCUACCGCAAGAACAAACAUUUGAAGUGCCACAAAGCCAUGUUUUCAGGAGGCGAGCACCGCCACGAGCAUAGACACCCUCUGCACUUCCCCCAUCUAGCCACCGCAAGCGAAACUCCUUCCCUGCUUUCUCCCAUACCGGAGCUGGAGGAUCGCGUGAUAAAUACGUCAUGGCCGGGCCCUGCCUUAUCUCUCUCUCUCUCUCUCUCUCUCUCUCUCUCGUUUCUGCCAGGUGGCGCACUUCCAGUGACAGUUUCGCACAUGAGCUGUUGCGUCUGUCUCGUUCCGUACAUCGGACGAUUUUCCAUGCUCUGCAGUGGUAUAAAUCAGUGCCACACUCGCGACCACUGCAACAGCAUUACUGAGGUGCUAGAACGCAAUAGCAAAUGACGUGGUGUUGUUUUCUGCACAAGCGACUGCAUGACAUGGGAACAAGCAGACGAAAUAGAAGUGCAUCUCUGUUGCUAGGGUAUAAAGUAAAAGAAAAACACACAUACAUUCAGUUUGUAUGUUUUGUUAUUUCUAUAAAAUUUUCAUUCGUCUAUUGAAGCAACAGAUUAAACAAAUAACGGAUGCUGCCAUGAAUAAUUCUCGAAGUCGCUUGUCACUAUGAGUGACAUCACAGCGCUACCACUACCAUGUAGGUAGGUGCACUUGCAUGAUUAACGUCGGCUCUCUGGCUGGGAGCGCGGUGCCUGCGAGGAGGAGGGCAAGCGGUGGCGUUUGGUGUGAAAUUCAAACGCUUUCCAUGGCAUGUAGGGCUGUAAUACCUAGCAGACACGAUCGUUAGUGCGCAUUGCAUACCCUGCGUUUGUCAAUUCAAUAUGGUCAGACCUGGUGAGGGGCCCUUUAAAUACUUUGAUAUAACAUUCUGCGGACAUCGCUUUGCAGCUAUAGUAGUACAUAAUAGUCACCUAUGUGGCUCAGGGCCCUUGUAAAUAAGAUGACAGCUAAAUAUCUGUGCUUUAAUAUUCAUGUUUUCUUUCUUGCACUGCAAAUAUUUCUGUAUGCUCUUUGCUGCAUGUUACUGGUCAUUCUUGAGACAAUAUUUGAUUACAUUGACCAUGUAUUUAAUCCUGAUGAGUAUAAAAUGCACAUAAAAUGUGCAUGCAUAUAUGUUUGUGCGCUAAAGCAAGCUUUAAUAAAAAGUCAUCUGUUUUCUUUUUGUUUGUGGCAUGCAAAACUGCCUGCUGAAUGCGAGUCAUUGUGCUGUGGUGUAGCUAUCGCAACAUUUGUUGCGGUAGAAUGGCGCUUUCAUUAUUUAUCAUUGUUGAUGUGUUUUGAAGUCUACCAAGGUUUACCUGUUACCUGUUAUCUUUGACGGCUGUGGGCACUGGUGAGCUUGCCGAGAUGUGCGUUUUGUCCUGUGAUGCUACAAAAUGAAACUGUAAAGAACUGGCUAAAUCAUUACCUCCGAUUUGCCACUGCUGGAAACGGCAUUUGCAGUGUAUCGAAGCAUGGUAGACUUAAAGCGGCAUCAUUUGAGCUUUGGUCAGCGCAGCAAUUUUUUGAGCUCUUCUCUGUCUCAUGUUAUGUGGUACCGAUUACUUGGCAUUUAUGUUUUCAUCUAAUAAAGUCUCUCUUGCACUUGUGUGAAACAGUU